AUGAUUACACCACGGUUUGAAGUAUCACAAAACGAUGAGUUUGUUACUAUCAAAGUGCGAAUAUCUAACAUCCGGUUUUCCGCAAAGGCUGUAGAGAUGGUUGCCGAUGACGACAAGUUUAUUUUCUCGCUCCCUCCAUACUACCUUCGUCUCCGUUUUUCUGGUAGCAUAGUUGACGAUGAGCGCGCCAAAGCAGAAUUUGUCCCAAACGAGGAGAGUAUUUUGAUCCGAAUGCCAAAAAUGACCAAGGGAGAGGUGUUUUCGGACCUUGAUCUGCCUGCUAAACUUCUUGGAAGAAUUGAGAACACCGAAAGAAAGCCUCCUAUGAUAGAGGAAGUGGGCGAGACAAACAAUUUGAAUUCACUGGCCCAGGAGGCAGAGGACUUUGACUGGGAGGUCGAGCAGGUAGAGCAGCAGCCGGCUUCGCUUGUCCCGCAAUUCUUCUAUGGUUUCAAUAACCAGUACUCAAACAUGAUGGAAGUGUCUCUUUCGAACGGCAAUGACAUCAACGAGCUUUCGAAUCCCGACAAAAUGGACCCUGAUGAGCGCAUUAAUGAACGAUUGAUCAAAGAGAAUUUAAAGUUUGAUCCAGAGUAUUACGCAAAUGAAUAUUUGACCCAGAAGUAUUUUCCCCAGGAGUCCAAUGUCAAGCAGAUUCUCUGCUGGGAAAAUCCAAUCCGCCUACAGCACAAAAAUCACAGCGAGACCGAGUUAACUACAGAAGAACACGAGCGGAUGAUGGAUCUCCCCCGAAAGUCGUAUUUGGUGGAUAAUGUGCGGCCUCUUUACUACACUAUUGUGUGUCUGUUGUAUGGUUAUCUGUACGAGCUUCGACAAAAUGAGGGCGAGUUGACGGUGGAAAGUGGCUGGACUGUGGGUAAACUUGUGCCUCAAUUAAGUUGUUUGGACUCUCAGUUGAUUCAGUCGAACAAUAAGACCGAAACAAAUAUGCUUCGAGUGAUAGUUCUCACAAUGGCCCGGCGCAGUCUCUGCUACCCGUUAAUUCGCAAUUUUGAGCUGGUGACAGCUGUAUGGGAAGAUGUUUACUGUACAUUAAGAUGCGGCACCAAAGCAGUGUUGAAAGCCCUGCUUGCUUGUCGAGAACUGUUCAGAUUCCACGAUAUCUAUUACAUAUAUUGCAAUAUCUGGCUCAAUGACCUGUGCUCCUGGACAUUGAACAAUGCAAGCGACACCGUGCUGAGAAAUUUGGGCCAUGAGUUGCGCAAAACCGUGGCCGAGAUGAAGAAACAGGAGAUUGUCUUUGAGAAAAUUCUGGCCGAGGACUCAGAGGAGCUGGAAUUUGUGAAUCUCACUGAUAUUGAGGAGCUGGCUGAGAUCUCGUACAGCGAGUCGAAUGCGGCUUCUAGUUAA